AUGCCUCGGCGUUGGAAGAGUUCACGAUGUCCACAGGGUCAACGCCCUCAAGCUUGUAGUAAGUCCCAGGGCCUGGAGGUUGUGCAGGUCCCCAAGGCUCUGGAGGAGGCCCAUGUCUCCUCAGAUCCUCUAAUGCCUGGUAAUUUGAAGGAGGCUCCUGGUGAUGGUAAACCCAGUACCUCCGAGGGUCCCCAUAGUUUCUAUACAUCUUCCAUUGGCAUCACAGCCACCACAUCCAGCAAAUCAGAUGAGGGCUCCAUGAUCCAAGAAGAGGAUAAUAGUCCAGGCACCUCACAGGCUGCGCCAGACCCCAAGAAUGUGCCCAUAGAUGCUCUAGAUAAUAAAGUGGCUCUGUUGGUCAAUUUCCCGCUGCUCAAAUAUCUAAUGAAGCCAGUAACAAAGGCAGAUAUGUUGAAGAUUGUCUUCGAUUGCCAAGUCUACUUCCCUGAGAUCCUCCUGAGAGCCUCUGUGUGCUUGGAGAUGACCUUUGGCCUUGAUCUGAAGGAAGUGGAUCCCACCAACCACCGCUAUAGCCUCCUCAUCAAAUUGGGCCUCACCUGUGAUGGGAUGCUGCAUGGUGAAGUGGGCAUGCCCAAGACUGGCAUCCUGAUACUUAUCCUGGGUGUGAUCUUCAUGAAGGGCAACCGCGCCACUGAAGAGGAAGUCUGGGAAGUUCUGAAUGUGACUGGGGUAUAUUCUGGGAUGAAGUACUUCAUCUUUGGGGAGCCCAGGGAGCUCAUCACCAAAGAUUUUGUGAAGGAAAAAUACCUGGAGUACCGGCAGAUGGCCAACACUGAUCCUGUGCAAUUUGAGUUCCUGUGGGGUCCCAGAGCCCAUGCUGAAACCACCAAGAUGAAGGUCCUGGAGUUUCUGGCCAAGGUCCAUGGGACUGACCCAAGUUCUUUCCCAUCUCAGUAUGAGGAGGCUUUGCAAGAUGAAAAAGAGAGAGCCCGAGCUAGAAUUUCAGGCUGGGCUUUCUCUCCUUCUGUGGCCACUACAUGUUUUAGUGUCGAGACUAGCAGUUUUUCCCACACCUAG